AUGAGCAGCGGCGCCCAAGCCCCCCUCCACAAGGGCAACCACUCCGCGACCUGGAGUCGACACAGGACCAAGGUCUUCAGACGCAGAGAUGCCCACCCAGACACCAUCGACCACCCAGCCAGGGGCACGGGCGAUGCGGCAAACGAUCAAGAGAAGGUCCCCAACGGAGGCGGCAGUCCAAGCGAGCUGCCAAUGUACAACGAACAAGGCCACCGCAUUAACCAUGCCGGCCACCGCGUCACGCCCGGCAUCCAACCUGACGGCGAGAGCGGACGCUCCUGGUUCCACCCCUGGCACUUCCUCCGCAUCUGCUGGACGUCUUCCUGCACGGCCAGCAAAUGGACCAACGUCCUGUGGCCCUUCACCAUCGCGGCGCUGGUGCUGUACUUCAACUACCCGCAACACUCCCUGUGGACCUUCAUCUGCGGCUAUAUAGGAAUGGUCCCUUCGGCGAAUCUGGUGGGCUUUGCGGGCCAGGAGCUCGCGAGGAAGCUGCCCAAGGUUGCUGGUGUUAUGCUCGAGACGACGUUUGGGUCGAUUGUCGAGGUUAUCCUGUUUACCGUGUUGCUGGUGCAGGGUGGUGAUUCUGCCGAAUCUGAUCCCGAUCCUGCUUUUGGGAAUGCCAACUCGUCGGUCAUUCGGGCGGCGAUUUUGGGGUCGAUUCUUGCGAAUAUGUUGUUGUGUUUGGGCCUCUGCUUCUUCGUCGGAGGCAUCUUCCACCCUCAGCAAACCUUCCACGAGGCCAUCUCCGAAGUGGGUUCUAACCUGAUGCUCGUCGCUGGGUUGGCCCUCGUGAUUCCAACAAUCUACUACAACUCCCUCUACGAUCGCCUAGACUCUACGAUGCUCAAUUCCGAAACUCUCAAGAUCUCACGCGCCACCGCCAUCAUCCUCUUGAUCGCCUUCGUUGUGUACGUCUUCUUCCAGGCUCGGAGCCAUCACGGCCUCUAUGAAGAUAUCCUGGAAGCCGAUGAGCAGAGAGAUCACGACCGACACAAGGAUCUGGCCAAGGCGAAACUGACCCUCACCGAGAGCAUCCUGGCCUUACUGAUCGCCUUGAUGUUCGUCAGCUUCAUGGCCGUCAUCCUCGUCAAAGAAAUCGAAUACCUCGUCAACGACCGCCACGUCUCGGACGCCUUCGUCGGCCUCAUCCUCGUCCCGGUGGUGGAAAAAGCCGCCGAGCACAUCACGGCCGUCGACGAAGCCUACGACAACCAAAUGAACUUCGCCCUCAGCCACGUUCUCGGCGCCUCAAUCCAGACCGCCCUCCUCAACACGCCCCUCGUCAUCAUCAUCGGCUGGGGCCUGGGCCCUAACUACGCCCUCUCCCUCAACUUCGAGCUCUUCGACGCCAUCGUCCUCAUCCUCGCCAUCAUCGUCGUCGGCAAUUUCCUUAGAGAUGAAAAAUCCGACUACCUCGAGGGCGCCCUGUGUGUGUUUGUGUACGUUCUCAUUGCGGUCACGGCGUAUUACUACCCGAAUCCGCAUAUGGUAAAUGGGGUCUCGAGUGCCGAGGGAGUCAAUUCGACCGAUCCCACGAGCUCGCCGGAAGAGGCGGUGCAUGCGGUGGCGAAGAUGUUGUUUUGA